GUUUGCUUCCCUUUCAGAAAACCAGCAUCCUUGUGCAAGCGGCGAAGUAAUAGAAAUGGAAUUACCAAUGGAAGAAACGGGUGAGGACCCCGAAGCCGAGGUGAAAAUUGAAGGAAGCACAAAUUCAUCCAGUAUUACCAAUUCUGCGGCAGGUGUGGAAGAUCUUAACAUUGUUCAGGUGACAAUUCCAGAUAACGAGAAGGAAAGAUUAUCCAGCAUUGAAAAGAUAAAACAACUAAGAGAACAAGUCAAUGACCUCUUUAGCCGAAAAUUUGGUGAAGCCAUCGGGGUGGACUUCCCUGUGAAAGUUCCCUACAGGAAGAUCACAUUCAACCCAGGCUGUGUGGUUAUCGACGGCAUGCCCCCGGGCGUGGUCUUCAAAGCCCCUGGUUACCUAGAAAUCAGCUCCAUGAGAAGGAUCUUGGAUGCUGCAGAUUUUAUCAAAUUCACAGUCCUUAGACCGCUUCCAGGCCUGGAGCUUAGCAAUGUGGGAAAAAGAAAGAUAGACCAGGAGGGCCGUGUCUUUCAAGAGAAGUGGGAGAGAGCGUAUUUCUUCGUGGAAGUGCAGAAUAUUCCUACGUGUUUAAUAUGCAAACAGAGCAUGUCUGUGUCCAAAGAGUAUAACCUCCGGCGCCAUUAUCAAACGAACCACAGCAAGCACUAUGACCAGUAUACCGAGAAGAUGCGGGACGAGAAGCUCCACGAGCUGAAGAAAGGACUCAGGAAGUACCUCUUGGGGUCAUCCGAGAUCAUGGGCCCCGAGCAGAAACAGGCCUUUGCAAAUGUGAGCCCAAAUGAAACUGCGGCCGUGCAACCCAUAGAAGACAUGGCUGGGAACUUAUGGGAGAAGUUACGCGAAAAAAUCAAGUCGUUCGUGGCAUACUCUAUCGCAAUCGAUGAGAUCACGGAUAUCAAUAAUACCACCCAGCUGGCCAUAUUCAUCCGCGGCGUUGAUGAGAAUUUCGAUGUGUCGGAAGAGCUCUUGGAUACGGUGCCCAUGACAGGUACAAAAUCUGGCAACGAGAUAUUUCUGCGUGUCGAGAAGAGUCUGAAGAAGUUUAAUAUCGACUGGUCAAAACUGGUCAGCGUGGCCUCUACAGGCACCCCUGCCAUGGUCGAUGUGAACGACGGGCUGGUGACGAAACUUAAGUCCAAGGUGGCCAUGAUUUGCAAGGACUCGGAUCUGAAGUCGGUUUGUUGCAUCAUUCACCCGGAAUCGCUUUGUGCGCAAAAGUUGAAGAUGGACCACGUCAUGAGUGUGGUGGUUAACUCCGUGAACUGGAUAUGCUCCCGUGGGCUGAACCACAGUGAGUUCACGACCUUGCUGUAUGAACUGGACAGCCAAUAUGGUAGCCUGCUCUACUACACCGAGAUUAAGUGGCUCAGUCGAGGGCUGGUGCUCAAGAGAUUUUUUGAAUCGUUGGAAGAAAUUGAUUCCUUCAUGUCGUCCAGAGGGAAGCCCCUGCCUCAGCUGAGCUCUCAAGAUUGGAUCAGAGACUUGGCCUUCUUGGUCGAUAUGACAAUGCACCUGAACACUUUGAACAUCUCGCUCCAAGGGCACUCACAGGUCGUCACGCAGAUGUACGACCUGAUCCGGGCAUUCCUAGCCAAACUGUGCCUUUGGGAAACUCACUUGGCGAGGAAUAACCUGGCCCACUUCCCCACGCUGAAGUCGGUUUCCAGAAAUGAAAGUGACGGCCUGAACUACAUUCCCAAAAUCGUAGAACUGAAGACCGAGUUCCAGAAGAGGUUGUCCGAUUUCAAACUCUAUGAAAGUGACCUGACCCUGUUCAGCUCCCCUUUCUCGGUGAAGAUCGAGAGCGUGCACGAGGCGCUCCAGAUGGAGGUCAUUGACCUGCAGUGCAACACGGUGCUAAAGACUAAAUACGACAAGGUCGGGGUCCCCGAGUUCUACAAAUACCUGUGGAGUAGCUACCCGAAGUACAGAAUCCACUGUGCAAAGAUUCUCUCCAUGUUCGGAAGCACCUACAUUUGCGAACAGCUGUUUUCCAUUAUGAAACUGAGCAAAACGAAAUACUGCUCGCAGCUAAAGGACUCGCAGUGGGAUUCCAUGCUCCACAUCGCGACAUGACUUACAACACGGGGGGGGGGGGGGGGUGCAAGACUAGAAUCCUCCGGGCCCCAGGGAUUGCAAGAUGAGAAGACAAGUUACAAACUUUCUGUUUUCCAGUUUUUUCCACUUUGACUCGGAAAUGUAACUUGCAGUAUCCUACCCGUUUGUAUGACAUUUUAUGCCUCACCAUAGUCCAGUAAAGAUGAAGACCGUUUUAUUGUA